AUUUAUGAAAUCUCCUGAUUUAAAGAAUAUUAAAAAAAAUAGAUAAAUAGGAUUUAAAGUGUCAUAUGAAAAUUAACUAUUAAAAGAAAAAAUGCUUAAUAUUGAUUAGAGAUAAUUAAAUAAUAAAGCAUCUGAAUCAGUAAAAUAAUUUUGCAUAAGGCAUGCAAACAGUAAAAUAUAUACAAGGCUUAGUAAUUUAAAGAACAUAAAUAAAGAAAACAAGAUUAUUAUGAAAAGAUUAUAUAAUACACCAUCUGUUUAUAGUGUUUUUUAGUUUGAAUAAGAUAAUUUAAAAAGGCUAAACUAUUCUCAAAAUAUCAGCUAAAAUGCAAGAAGGAAAAAUCCUUUGGAUAAUCCUACCCCUUUGUAUUAUUUAACAAAAAUAUAAAAAAAAUAAAAUAAAGAAAAUAGUGAAUAAAAUGUUUAAAUAAAAUAUGAUUAUUAAACUCUUGAUAAUUCUAUAGCUUUAUUAAAUUAUAAUUUGCAACAAAAAAGUUUAUAAUUAAAUAAAAAAAACAAUUAAAAAACUCAUUGAAAAAAUAAAUAAUUAAAUCUUAUUUAUAUAUUAAAAUUAAAAAAAAAAGAGAAAAAUUAAAGAUAAAAAAUAAAUAAAUUUCUAAUU